GCCCGCGCCGCCGCCCCGCCGCCCGGCUCCCUGAAGCCCCAUGGAGGAGCCCGCGGCGGCGCAGGAGCGGCAGGGGGCGACGCAGAAGAGACGGGCCUGGGCCAGGAGCCGCGACUCCUGGCAGGCGUCGGAGGCGGAGGAGCCCGCGGCGGCGCGGGACGCGGCGGCGCCGCGGGGCGCGGAGGAGCUCGCCGGCGGGAAGCUGCCGGCGGCGGCCGCGGCAGGGCGCAGCGUCCCCGACGAGAAGAUCGCGAUAUGGCUGAAGGACUGCAGAACGCCUCUGGGAGCCUCCCUGGAUGAGCAAAGCAAUCCUCUGUUGAAGGGCAUGCUGGUGAGAAAUGGAGGAAGUUUUGAAGAUGACUUAUCCCUGGGAGCUGAAGCUAAUCAUCUACGGAGUGAUACCCAGAUGGAAACAUGCAAUGGUAUGUUGGCGAAGGAGAGAAGACUUCAGUUUCACCAGAAGGGGAGAAGUAUGAACUCCACAGGGUCUGGAAAAAGCAGUGCAACUGUUUCAAGUGUUUCUGAAUUACUGGAGCUUUAUGAGGAAGACCCAGAAGAAGUGCUCUAUAACCUUGGAUUUGGAAGAGAUGAACCAGAUAUUGCUUCAAAAAUUCCAGCAAGAUUUUUUAAUUCAUCGUCAUUUGCCAGAGGGAUAGAUAUCAAAGUGUUUCUGAAUGCUCAAAUGCAGCGCAUGGAAGUGGAAAAUCCAAAUUUUGCUUUAACAAGUCGUUUUCGUCAGAUUGAAGUGCUUACUACUGUGGCCAAUGCCUUUUCUUCUUUAUAUUCUCAAGUAUCUGGGACUCCAUUACAGAAAAUUGGCAGUAUGAAUUCAGUGUCUUCCAGCAAAGAGGCAUCCAGCCCUCCCCCUUUAAACCGAAGCAAUACAGCCAGUCGACUAAUGAAGACCUUGUCAAAGCUCAAUCUGUGUGGUGCACAGCAGGCAGAGAGUGGCAGCUGCUCAACUCCGUCACCUGUUGACAAAGGGAAAAGUCCAGUGGAACGAGGGAGUGAGGAAAAUGAUGUUAAAAAUGAAUCUAAAUUACCAAAACACUCUAAAAAGAAAGACUCCUCUUCUUUGCUGGCUACUGUAAAAGAGGAGAUGGCCACUUACCAGACAAAUACUGCAGACAUACACAAACCUGCAAGUCUUCCUGCUGGAACUAAUGAUAUGCAGGAGAGCACUGUGCCCUCAGCAGAUGUGCCAAAUAGCAAGUUGGCAAGCCCCUGGCACAGAUCAUGUGAAGAAUCUCAUCUUCUGGACUCUCCUAACCUUAGCAGUGAUUCUAAUACAUCUAGUGAGUCAGAAAGUAGCAGUCAAAUACAAAGGCCUCAUAUGUCUUCGUCAGGUAAAGAAUCCUGCGCUCCUAUAGCAAAUCCAUCCAUAAUGAAUCUAAUGCUGCCACAGAAGGACUCCUUUGAGAUGGAAGAGAUACAGAGCACAGAGGGGGAUCUACCACAUGUUCCAACUUCUCACCAGCUGGUAGUGGCCAAAUCAAGGAAAGAUCAGUUGUUACGGACUGCUAGUCAGCACUCUGAUAGCAGUGGCUUCGCAGAAGAUUCCUCCACAGACUGUUUUUCAUUUAACCACCUUCAGGUUCAUGAGUCUUUGCAGGGCAUGGGAAGUAGUGCAGACAGUUGUGACAGUGAGACAACGGUGACGUCGCAUAGUGAGGAACAGAAGACACCAAUAGCCAAGGAGCUUCUCUUUUUCAAUAAUUUUGAGGAGGAGGAUGAAGAUGAAGAUGAUGACGAGGAAGAAGAGGAUGUUCUCUCUGAAAUGGAGAGACAAGAGGUAGAGGCAUCUUCUGAGAACAGAGGAAAAGACAGUAAGAACAUUCCUGAAUAUGAAACUGAACAAAAGCUAGAAAGAGAAAGCAAGUCAUCUCAUAUAUCAGAGACCGUUCAAGCAGAGGUCAGCUCCAAAGGAGAAGAUAUUUCCAAUGACCAAAAAGAAUUAGAGCUACUGGAGGAAGGCAGUGAUGAAAGUGAUCUUGACAGAAGCAGUGCAUUUGAAUUUCCUCAGUACCAAACACACCAUAUCCUGAAGCCAGUAGAAUCCCUUGAAGCUGAUGGCUCAUUGCCUUCCUCAGUGGACAGGGUCCGUGUGGCACUGCAGAGAGCCCAAAUGAAGGUCAUCAGCACAUCUGAUUCCAGAGCAGGACGCACUCCGCUUAAAUCAAAAGAUCUCCUCAGGAAGCAGAGGUGCUGGUUUGCUGAAUCGGGCUAUCCUCUAAGGCGAUCUCAGUCUCUCCCAACUGCAUUACUGAAUCCAGUGAAAGUAGUGUCCUCUGUGAAUGUUCAAUUAACUCCGGGAAAAGAGACUUUGUGCAGUCCUCCUUCUUUCACCUACAAGUACACCCCUGUGAAGGACAAUGAGAACUUGACAUCUGAGAAGGACAAAUCAGAGGGUGAGCUGGCUGCCAGUCAGCCUGUGUGCAAAUCCACACUGUUCAUUGCUCCCUCAUCCUCCAAAAAAGAAGUGUCCCAGAGCGGGCCUGGCAGACUACCCGAGGAGUCCCUUCACUCCAGGGUACAAAGCUGCCUGCUGCAUACCCCAGCACACAUGUCCCAGUCAGCAUGUUCCCUCCACUCGCUCCACUCUGAGUGGCAGGACAGACCUCUCUGUGAACACAUGAGGACACUGAGCACCCACAGCGUCCCAAGCAUCUCCGGCUCUUCCUUUGGCGCUGCGCUUUCCCCUUUCGGCUGUCCCUUCUCUCCAAGGCAUGCUGGAUACUCCCAUCGAUCACAUGCCAUCAAUCCGCCCUCCACUGUGGAAAUGCAGCUGCGCAGAGUCCUCCAUGAUAUCAGAAGCUCUCUGCAAAAUCUGUCUCAGUACCCGGUGAUGAGAGGUCAUGAUCUUUCAGCCGCUACUAGUUACACUACUCGGAGAUCAUCCAUUCUACCUCUCUAUGAAAAUACUUUCCAGGAACUACAAGUGGUGAGGCGAAAUCUUAACCUAUUCAGAACCCAGAUGAUGGAUUUGGAAUUGACUAUGUUGCGUCAACAGACAACGGUUUAUCAGCAUAUGACUGAAGAGGAAAGAUAUGAAGCUGAUCAGCUACAGAGCCUGAGAAAAUCUGUCCGCAUGGAGCUACAGGAGUUAGAAAUACAGUUAGAAGAACGUCUGCUUGCUUUGGAAGAUCAGCUGAGAAGUCUGCAUAUGUCUUCACCUUAUAGACCUCAGACACAUAUGGGUAUGUAUGGCAGCAGAAGUACUGAUAAUUUGUCAUGCCCAUCUCCAUUGAAUGUCAUUGAACCAGUCUCUGAACUUAUUCGAGAACAGUCAUUUCUGAAGUCUGAAUUGGGUUUAGGACUGGGAGAUCUUGGACUGGAAACUUUGCCAGCAGAAGGUUCAGAAUCUGUAUUCUCCCAUGGAAACUCUGAUUCUUCUUCAGUGUGCUCCAGUCAUGCAAGUCGGAAAGCUGGUGUGGGAUCCUCUGACCUAACGGGAAAGUCUAAGAGUCAAAGCAAAAAGUUAUACCGAGCUUCUGUUGCCUUAACACCAACUCCCCCGGUGAGACCAGGUGCUGGACAGCAAGUAGAAAGCUCCGAGGAGCUUGCAGACUGUAAGCCAGAGGUGGAACACAAACUUGAAAAAGUCCCACUAGUGCCUUCAGUUGAUGAAAUCCACAAAAGCGUGGAGCAGGAGGAGUUACAGCAAGUCAUACGAGAGAUCAAGGAAUCUAUUGUUGGUGAAAUACGACGAGAAAUAGUAAGUGGAUUGUUAGCAGCUGUAUCAUCCCCAAGCACAUCUGCAACUGCAAAACAAGAUUCACAGUCAUGAAAUGGAUACUGCAGGUUGGAUGUAGUCCGAAAUGCUGUGGAAUUCUGCUUUGGGCGGCAUACACUGGUGAAAGUGUCAAGUUAUUCUUGCUUCAGGAGAUGUUAAAGCUGCUGAGAUAGGCUACUGUAUUUAGUGCUUGGUUCUAUGAUGCAUACUUUUCCUUGAGUUCAUAUAUGAAGCCUUAGACACUUUAACUAGUUUAUUACUUUCCACAAAUCAUCAACAAAACUGUGGCUAUCUGAAAGGUUUUGUAUUUAUUUGUAUGUCCCUGUUGUAAAUUUUUAUGUAGCUAAUUUCUUUAUUUAGUGAUGCAUCAUGAAACUUGAAGAUUUCCAGACUUAAACAAUUUAUAAAAACACACACACAUUCAGCCUAGCUUUUUUAAAAAACAGACAAAAACACUGACCUCUGUGAGGUAUUUAUUGUGCAAUAACUGAUCCACUUUGAGAGCUUGAAACAACCAAUAAUUGUUUCUACUGCUGUUACUUAGUGCCACUUCAAAAGAAGGAAAAAUCCUGUUGUAAAAGUUGCUCUUAAUUCUUGGGGAGGUUACUAUUAGCAGAGUGGUAGAAUGACAUGAGGUUACUUAAAACUACUUAAAGUUCUGACACUGAAAGCCUUAUCUUUGUGUAGAAGACUACUUUUAACUAAUUUUAUUUGCUUCCUUACUGUUUGUUUGCCCAUCCUUCUGUGGAAAAAUGCCUUAUUUUAAGCAUUGUUUUUGUCUUUGAUUGCUUCUCAGUCAUACCAAGUUCUCUUUUCUGCUUUAUAUUAACAGAAUACAAUCAAAGUACUGAUACUCUGAAAGCAAUUAGGAUGUAUAACUUGGCAUGGAUGAGUGACCUUGCUUGUAUUAUUGGGAGAAUGGAAAAAUAUCUUUUUCUUCCCCUUCCUUCACUGAUUCUAUUUUCAGUUAGCCUAGUGAACAUGUGUUUGUUCCGAUGGAGAAAAUUGGAAGUCAUUGGAGGUUUUAUGUGGUCAAGUAGACAUUUAGCAGAUAUGUAAUAUCCCAUCUGACUGUGCUUGGAACUCUUUUUUUCUCCUUUGCCAUUUCCAGCUACUAAGACUUUAUACUUUGUCAAGGUCUUUAAUCAGAAAUUGUUUUGAAUAUAACAAUAUUACAUGAAAAAGUUUAUCUAAAAGAUUUUAAUUGUGUAAUUGUGUUAGGAAGUCACACACAAGGGCUGAUUUCUUAAAAAAAAAAAAAAAAAAAAGAAAGAAAAAAUCUAU